AACAUUUCCAAAAGUAAACAAAUAUGGCGCGAGGUGUGUGGAGUGGAAGCAUGGUCGUGUGUUAUAUUGUUUUCUUAUAUUUGUUCUCAGUCGGGUAUAGAGCUGACCCUGACUUUGACCUUGACCUGAGCCACUACGGAACUCACUUUGUGAUCAGCUCGGCCCUGAACGACUACAACACGACCCUCGGGGAGGAUGACGUCAUAUGGAUCCUCCAGAUCCUCAACCCUACGACAAAAACUGCGAGGCUAAAAAUAGAAGUGGCUGGUACGGUCAGCAAGAUGGCGCACGUGGGGGCAUUGCGCGCGCAGAAUGUUCACGUCUCGCCAUUGAUGAGGUCUGAGCAGGUCGGCUUGACCCAGUCCCUGGUCGUCUGGUCUACGGACGCCGUGUCUGUCACUGUCAUCAACAACGGCAGGUCCCACGAGGGUCUGUUGGCUUUCCCCGUCAGCGUCUUUGGUACUCAGUACAUAGUCGUCACGCUUCCAGGUAACCCAGUGCUGCAGGUGCUGACCUCCCAUGACCUGACGCACGUGACCAUCCAUUUCACCGACAUGUCACGUGACCUUGAGGCCAGCGAUCAACACAAGUUCAAGGUCGUGUAUAACGGUGAGACCUACACGCCCGGCUCGACCUUGGAGGUGACGAUAGAGUCCAAGUACCAGGUGUUUCAAUUCCAUGACUGCCACGCCCACCAUCGGCUGAGGUCUGACUUCACAGGUACGUUGAUCACAUCAAGUUUACCGGUCGGCGUGAUCUCAGGCAACUGUGUGACAAAUUCCAACCCAGAUGAUGAUCACGGCAGCCAUCUUGAAGAAAUGCUUGUCCCCAUCUCCAGCUGGGGUUACCAUUUCUACAUAGCCACCCCUAGCGCCGGCUACCCGACCCAGACCCGCAUACGGGUCGUCUCCCUGACAUUUGGCGUCCUGAGGCUCCACACAGGCCCGGGGGGACUCCACACAGACCCGGGGGGACUAGAGGACACCCAGCAGGUUGAUGGCAGGACCGUUGCUGAGGAGCUGACCCUCUUGUACCGAGCCCCCACCUUUUGGUGCCAGAAAAUUCUGUCAGGUGAGGUCCACGCCUACCUGGUCUCCACGGUGCCAAUCUUUGUCGUCAUGUACUGGCCGGACAAGGUCACGGGGUCAAAAGGUCAUUCAGGCAUGAUCCAGCUGGUUCCAAAUGAAAAUUGGCUGAGCUGGUAUUACAUCAGAGCACCUGACCUACAAAACAAGAACAGCUUCAUCUACUUGAGUAUUGUUGCCAUGACUACGGAUGUGGAUGGGAUCAGGAUCGGCUUCAACCAUCUGGACUCUACAGACGAGAACACGGUGAUCAAGGAACUGCUGUCCGGCUUCACCUUCAUUGCUCGGCUAGUCUCUAGCGGUCAAGGUCACGUGAUCCAGCACCUGCACCAGCACACCUUCGCCUGCUACACCCGGCUGGUUGUCAAGGCGGGACGGGUCCUAUAUCAGCAGGGGAUGGCGUUCAGAAACAUGACCCAGGUGGGUGGGGCACACAGGUGGGUGGGGCAGAGAUGA